CUCUCGCGAGAAGAGCCUCAGUGGCGCGAAUACACAAGAGGGUUUUUCCUGUAGCUGUUUGUCCUCUCUCCUUAGCAUAUUUGCCUUGAACGUUUUUUUUUUCCUAAUCUUUGGAAACGGAUAUUAGCAUCUACAGAAUAUUUAACAGUGAUUAGUCUUCAGGUGGCCGACUUUUUAAAACGAAACAAUGUCGGACGCGUUGUCUGAAGACGGCAGCGACAUCAACCAAGAUGACAGCCAGGAGGAUGUUAUGACUCCGGCGGAGCUAAUCGCCAAACUAGAAGAGGCGUGGCUGAAUGAGAAGUUUUCCCCGGAGCUGCUGGAGAACAAGUCAGAGGUGGUGGAGUGUGUGAUGGAGCAGCUGACUCAUAUGGAAGCUAAUCUGCAGCGAGUGAAGAAGGGCGAUGCCAAGGCAGGCUUCCACCGGAUGGAGAUAGACAGGAUUCGUUACGUCCUCAGCAGCUACCUACGAUCUCGUCUUCAGAAGAUCGAGAAGUUCUUCCCUCAUGUCUUGGAGAGAGAAAAGUCUCGAGCUGAGGGACAGCCGUCUCUGCUUUCUCCGGAGGAGUUUGCCUUUGCCAAAGAGUAUUAUGCAAACACAGAAACCUACCUGAAGGCUGUAGCGCUGAAACGCAUGCCUCCAAACCUGCAGACUGUGGAUAUGCUCAAAGCAGUGCCUGAGCCCUGCCUGGACUCCUUUGUGUUUCUGCGGGUGAAGGAGCGGCAAGAAAAUAUGUUGAUUGAUCCUGAAACAGAAGAACAGAAAGACUUUGUUGUGGAUCUUGAAGAGGGCUCCCAGCACCUGAUGCGGUAUCGCACUAUAGCGCCACUGGUUUUAAGUGGAGCCGUGCAGUUAAUCUGAACUCUCACAGAAAGGACAAAUCAGGAAAUGUAAACCCGCUCCUCAGUGCUGCCCGGAGAGAGGAGUAACUUCUGUCAUACAAAUACAGAUGUGUUCGUGACACGACGGCCUCAAGAAACGGCGCAGAAGGAAGACUGCAUGAAUCCUGUUCAGGGCGGCUUUUCGCAGGGCUGUGAUGUUAUUUUUGGAUUAUUUUAAUUAUGAGAACUGAAUUGUGCUUAUGUCUUAGGAUAGUUGUCUUGCAUACACCAGAAUGUUUUCUGCCAUGUUAUCACAUUCUUUCUUCAUCGCUGAAUCAGUAUGACUCAUCAUCAUUAUUAUUGGACCUGUUCUCCGCUGCUCAAUAACAGGAUGCCUUCUGUGACCUGAAGGGGAAAUUUUCAAUUCACUUGGCAUCACAGUUCCUGUCAUUCUGUGUGUUCUUGUGGAGAACGGUUGUUUUCUAGCAGACUCGGUUUGAUUCACUCUCACUCAUGCUUCUGUAUGUUCUGCUUAAAUUGAAAUUCUGCAAAUCUUCACGCAACGCAUGUUAACGUCAUCUUGAAAAUAUACAUUUGUGCAAUCUACACGUUUCAUCUUCAGCCGAAUAAACAUCGUCUUCUGUGAGCUGUAAUCACUAAGGCAGCAUUGUUACGUAAAAGCAACAGAGGGUGCAAUCAGUGCUCAUUGUUUGCCCUCACUCCUAAUUGCUCAGCAGUGGGAAGCGAUAAAGAACUGAGACAGUGGAUUUAUGAAAGCAGAGCUGUGUGUCAGCAUGCCGUCAUAUUGAGCUGCACUUCUCAUUCCACUACUGCACCUCUGUGAUGUGUUGCAAAAUUAUACGUUGUUUUCAAAGCUAUUAACAAAUAAAAAAUCUGGUGUGUGUA